ACGAUUACUCUUUAACCUCUACUGUGUGAUCAGUUAUAUUAUCUCUUUCACUGUUUCUCUUUAUUUUCCUACCCAAAUUACUUUUCUCUUGAUCUAAACUCAAACCCUAAACGCUCCUCCUCUAUCAUUCCACAUAGAAAGCUUCCAGUUUCUGUAUCCCUCUACCAUUCCAAUCAGGCUUCUUAUUUUUGCAUCUUUUCCUCUCCUGCGAAUUUGGUUUAUUUAUAUUUGUGCGUAUUGGAUUAAAGGGUAAAAGAUCAAGCCCUAGGUUUUGUAUGUGAUUGUCGCCUCUCCACUCUCCACACUCCGACGACCGGCGUCUACGCGACGAGGCCACUUCCACCGCCGCAGCUUGUGUCUUGGACUCUGCCGUAGCCUGUAGAUCCCCCUUACGUCUUUGCAGUGGGGGAGGCAUGUGAGCUGUUUGGACCAGAAGAUAGUUGUUGCAUUAACAAUUUUUAUAAGUUUAUUGGUUCUUUUGGUGCAAAGAAUGGGUAAAUGCAAGGGUUGUGGGAAAUUAGGAAGAAUGGUGCCAACGGAUGGAUCUGUUAGUGCUUAUAAUUCUGCUCUUCUGUUGUCUCCUGUUGUUUCUGUCUGGGACUGCAUUGUUCGUAAAAUGAGGUAUUCCUACAUUCCCGAGUGGGUGUAGUUAUCAGUGCUAUCACCUUAUAUUAGUGUUUUGCACCAUAUUCUAUUAUACUUUGCUUUGUAUCAACAAAAAAAGGGAAAUGUAUGAAUUUUGAGGAAUUUACUUAGAAUAGAAGUGGAGGAAAGGUGACUGAUUAGUUUGGUAGUUUUCAUGGAUUGCAUGGGAUUUAAUAAAGUGCAACCUGUUGUGAGGAAAGGGAAAAAGAAGCAGGUGAAGGAUGAGGUUGAUCGAAUGAAACAGGCUGAGAAGAAAAAGAGGCGCUUGGAGAAAGCCCUUGCUACUUCUGCAGCCAUCAUUUCUGAACUAGAAAAGAAGAAACAGAAAAAGAAAGAAGAACAACAAAGGCUUGAUGAAGAGGGUGCUGCAAUUGCUGAGGCUGUUGCUUUGCAUGUCUUACUUGGUGAAGACUCAGAUGAUUCAUGUAAGGUUGUUCUGAAAGAAGAUGAAGGGUUCAAUCCUUGGGAUAUUCCUGAUAACAUUGACCUAUUUGUGAGUGGUAAGAGAUCAGGCUUUUCUUAUCAGGACUCUGACAAGCACCCGCUUGAAAGGAUUGGGUGGGUUUCUAAUCCGUAUAUAUCUGGAUGUAAAUGGGGUGGCUUGGAGAGGGGUGACUGGUCAUUCUCAUCUGGGCCUUUUGCAAGGGAUUUUCCUGCCCCAUAUUUUGAGGAAGCAGGUUGGGAAACUACGGGAUUCUCAGCUGGUCUUAUUGCAGCACAGGCUGUUUCAUCCCUCCAGAUCGCAGAGGAUGCUCACGAAGACACGAUUGUCCUGAAUGGAAUGUUAAGGGGAUAGAAUGCACAGCUACAGAAGUAUCUCCAGUUACAGGAGUUUCGGUAGCAUAUCAUUAUUAUUAUUCUGUUUAUAUUUUCCAUAAACGAGUCCUUUGUUGUUAGUUGGAUACAUGCGUUGCUUAUUGUGAACAAUGUUUAAAAAGUGUUGCGCUAUAUUGAACAAUGCUUAUUCGUCUUCUAUUUAUAAGCUUCAGUUUAUAUUCAGUUCAUUGA